AUGUUUUAAACAAAAAUGAUAGAAUUAGAAGAAUAACUUGAUUGUAGCAAAAAUCAUAAGCAACCAAUUCAAAUGGUGAUAUUAGAUAAAAAAUUGAUGAGAGAGGAACACCUUUUAUGUUCUAUUUGCUUGGAAAAUUUUGAAUCAGAUACUAAAAUAAUUGGAUUUAAAAAAGUACUCAAAAUGAUAUAAGAAAACUAAAAGAAUUAAGUAGAAAAUAUCUAGAGAUUAAUCGAAUUUGAUGUGGAAAUGGUAGAAUAAUUUUUGAAUGAACUUCAUAAAUUAAGGUCAUAUUUUAUUUUAUUAUUUGAUGAAUUAUUAACUAAUUCAUAAGAGUGGAUCAAUAGUCUUAAUGCUAUUGGAUAACAUAAUUCAAACUAUAGCUUUUUUGAUGAAUUAGAUAAAAUUAUAGAUGGUAGGAUUCAAAACCAAUUCGAUUAAGAAUCAAUUGUUAACUAAAUUACAACGCUUAAUAAUUCACUAUGUAGUAAAAUUAAUUUACAAUUUUCUGCUCUCAAGAACCAAGAAAUAUAUUCAUAAUGUGGUAGUAUUUUGAUCAAUUUAAAUCUAAAUCAUCAUAUGAAAUUAAUUGAUAAUUCCAUAAAGUAGUCAAGUCCAUGUUAUGCAAUUUCUUUUAAUUAAUCUGGAACACUCAUGGUUUCAGCCUACAAUUGUGACAUUAAAAUAUGGAAUUUUGAAUAAGGUAAAAUGUAUGAGAUUAUCAAAAUUAGUGGACAUACUUCAACGAUAUGUUGUCUUUAAUUUAGUAAGUUGAGCAAUAGUUUCGUUUCGGCAGGCUUUGAUAAAUCAAUAAGAUGUUGGAAAUAAAUUAAAUAAAAUGAAUGGCAUAGCUCUUUAUCCUAUUAAUUACAUACUGAAUGUAUAGAUUGUUUACUUUUAAAUAAAUCUGAAACUCAGCUUGUUUCUGGAAGUAGAGAUAAAUCAAUUAAAAUUUGGAAAAUAGAUUUAGUCAAUAAUUAAUUAACUUAUCUUUAUUCAUUAGAUAAACAUACUAGUUCUGUUUGGGACUUAUAAUUAAAUUCAGCAGAAGAUACUUUGGUUUCUUGUGGGAAUGAUAAAUAGAUAAUCAUUUGGAAGUUAAAUGAAAUGGAAAAGUGGUAAUUUGGAUAUGUAGUUAUUUAAUCAAUUUAAGAAGUUGGAUCUAGAUUAUGCUUCUUAAAUGAUGACUAAUUUAUUUGGGUUACAGGUAAUAAAGUAAGCAAGGAUUGCAUCAGUACAUUUGAACUAAAUAAUUAAUAAUAUCAAGAAAAUUUGAAAAAAGAAGUAAAAUUAAUUCAAAAUUCUAAAGAUAUGGAAUUUAAUUUGUUUCCAAUCUUUAAAAGUAAAAACAAGAAUUUAAUAAUUGUGAAACAUAAAAGUUAUGUUUAUGUGAUAAAAGUAUAAAAAGAAGGGGAAUUAAAAAUUAUCACAUAGCUAAAAUAUGAAUCAAAUUGUAUCUUAGGAGCAUUAACUGAUGACGGAAGGUAUCUAGUAACCUGGGAUAAUAUAGGACAGAAAUUUACUCUAUAUGAAUUAUUAAUUAUUUGA